UUCCCCGUCGAAAACAAAAGGUUAGGCUAGCAAUAAAGCCACCCCUUCAGCGUGCGCACAAACCACCCUCUGAUUGUAGAUUCGAAUGCGGUAUAUACAAGCACAGUGUUGUGCGUGCAAGCAAUUCGAUCGAGGCAACGUGCCCUUUCGCACUUUUAACAACCCCGACGCAGUCGACGUGUAAAGGGUGCAUUACGCGAACAGUUACCCUCAACAACGAGCUUUUGCAUUAUUGAUCGCGGUCCUCCUCUUUCAAUCGAUAUUGUGGCUGCCGGUAGCGUGACACUCGAGCUUUUGCAAUAACUACAAGUUUACUAGUUCGCCAAAAGCUACCACAGAUGGUUGAUGCCAGUGGUAAUGACGAGACGAUAAACGGGCGCACGACAGGGGGUAAGGAUGUGUGAGGAAUCCGCAUGCUUGGUACCUCCGUUGGAACAGAACCAGAAUGGACCAAACGAAUCCCGACUAUCAGCAGGAAGCGGAGCACCAUCACACAACGGCGAAGCCCUCGUGGGCUUCCACGAAGACGCCCUAUCGCAAGCAGCCGUAGGAAAGGCCCAACUCCUGCUAGCCCUAGUUCUGGGUCUAGGGUUAGCAGCCGAUUGCUCUGAACUAACCAUUUUAGGCUACAUCCUUCCAGCUGCCGAACUUCAAUUAUGCAUCGACGAACACAAGAAAGGGUGGUUAGUUUCUAUUACUUUGUUGGCACUGGCCGGAGGCUCGUUGGCCUGGGGGAUUCUCGGAGACCAUUUAGGCAGACGAAGGGCUUUGAUCAGCGCUCUGUCCGUCGCUGCCCUUUUUUCGGCAGUGGCGACCGUCAUGCCUACUUAUGGGACAUUCAUGACAGCUAGAUUUUGUUCCGGAUUAGGAGUAGCAGGAGCGUUCCCUUUAACCUUUAGCUACCUGUCAGAAACCUGCUCCCGCGCUACACGUACCCGUUAUACAGGUGUCUUGCAUUCUUUCUGGCCACUGGGUGGUAUUUUCACAUCAUUAAUAGCCCAUUUGACCAUGCCUACUCAAGGCGCUGAGAUCGUAGAAGACAAUCGCGAACACUGGAGUUCCUGGCAUCGGUUUCUUAUUCUAAGCAUAUUGCCUACGAUAGCGUGCAUCAUUGGGUUGAUCUGGGCUUCAGAGUCUCCUCGGUACCUUCUAGAAGCUUCUAGAGAAGUAGAAGCUCUGGCUGUGUAUCAGCGAUUACACAGACUGAACAAAGCGAGAACCCAGUAUGGGUUAACGGAACUGGAGCUACCUGGGAGAAGUGCGUACAGAGAAAGACCUAUGAGCCCUUCUAGAAAUGUAUUUGGGCAUAGUCUGGAAUCGCUACGAGAGACGUUCCAACGCAUCUCUUCUCCUACUCACUUUCGCACAACAUUGCUUCUGGCAGCGUUGCACCUGAUCGUAGGUUUUACCUACAUGGGCAUAUCAAAUUUCUCAACGUCCACGAUCAAAGAGAUCAAAGAUGAAGAAUAUAAUUUAAAUCGGAAAUAUAUCUUUAAUAAAAAUUUUACAGGAGUAGUAUUUAAUAACACGAUGGAGAACCUCGAAUAUGUGAACACUACAUUUAAAAACGUAACUUUCAAACAUAUCAAUUUGAAUCAUGUUAGAUUCCAAAACUGCACUGUCGAUGAGGCAGAAUUCAUCAAUGUGAAGUCGUCUAUUACAUCUUUCAAGAACUCGACCAUUAAAGACUCCAGAUUUGUGGAUACAGACCUCACACAUCACCAUUUCAUCAACUGUACACUGAGUAACAACUCGUUUCUGUCUUUGAUAUCUGACUGUAUUGUUGAUUUUGACUAUAAUAUCUACUUGGAUGAUCUGUAUGAAGACACGCUUGCAUGGGCUGGUUCCAUGUUUCCUGCACUUCUCUUCAUGGGUUUCAUCCUCGAAACUGCGGCUAGACCACCUCUGAUUUUUACAACCAUCGGCAUUGCCAGCAUGACCAGUCUUGGGAUGUUUUUCUGGACGAGUACUUUCGUUGUUACCAUGAUCGAACUAACGGUGAAGAUCAUGUUGAUGUGUGCUGUCAACGCCAUCACAAUGGUCGUAGUUGAAGGAUACCCAUGCCACUUAAGAUGUACUGCCCAUGGUAUGAUGCGCAGUUUGUUUCACUUAGCGUCCCUCUGUGCCAUUCCCAUCUAUGGUAUAUUUGGCCACAAGAUGUUGAUGUUUCCCGCUGUGAUGACCUUCUCCUUGACGUUUGGCGCCGCAUUGUUGUCUUUGAAUCUACAAGACAACAGCAAAGUUCUGUUGUAAUGUUUUUUCUGUCCGAUAUUUUUCGUAGAUUGUGUCUGUGAUAUUAUUUUUUAAAACGAUAACCAUUUCGUCAUUAAACUGUAUCGUGUUUAGAUGAGAUAGAAAAGUCAAUUACGAGUUUUAUUUUUUGUAAACAGUUGGUUUAUUCAUCAGAUUCAAGCUAUUGCAUAUCAAAUGAUGUAUGCCUCAUGCAUAGAAAACAAGUCAAAUUAUAAUUCUUGUAAUCCUUUUUACAUUUUAAUAAUUAGGUCGUAUUGUCCUCAUGGUUAGUGACGAUUAUAUCAUAUUGUAAUUUAUUUUUUAUUGUUGAACAAAUAAA